UGUCUGCUUUCAGUCAUGUUUUGCUUAAGUUUUAGCAGAACAGAGAUUUUGUAUGUUUUUGUAUGACCAUGUAGACUAACUUGCAUAAGUGGUGAUGCAGAGUUGCAUUGUACAUUUUUGUGUGCGUAUGUAAGCAUGUUAGGGAGAUGACUAAGAGGUUUUUGAUUGCCAUAAGAGCUAUGUAAGCAUGUAAGCAUGUAAGCAUAAGAGCUAUGUAAGCAUGUUACAGAGAUUUUUGAUUUACUAUUCAUCAACAGGUGUAGGGAGAUGACUAAGAGGUUUCCGCGUCUACAACUACCAGAUGGAGCAACGGGCAGACCUGCAGUAACAGGCGUGCAGCCUCGCCAGCAUGCUGCAGUUGCGGAUAAUCCUAUGAACAUGAAUGGUCCGAAUCCUGUACCCGCUACUAAUUUACGAUCCCGUGGUGCUACUUCAGGUGGUGGUAAUCAUGCAGAAAAUGUGGGUGGACCUUCUGCAACUGUGGUUGAACCUAAGAAAAGCCGUGCAUUCCUGUCGCUUGGUAGGAAUAAAGCGUCUCCUGCUAGACUUGUGAAGCUGAAUGAAAUUUUAUCAGGUGAUCAGAAGAAGUUGAUCACAGAGUGGGGGUGGGGAGGAAUGUUGAUGGUUAAAGCUACUGAGAUGCCUGUUGAUCUAAGCAUGUGGGUCUUGGCAUGUUUUGACCCAAUUAGAAGUGAGCUAGCUAUACCAGGGAGGGGGACCAUUCCCGUCGAUGCAGCAAGUUACAACAAAGUCUUUGGGCUACCCAAUGAAGGUUUGCCUGUACGGUAUGAAAUGGAAACUGAACCUAUAGCCUUCAUGAACGAAGAGUACAACAUUCAGGGCGGGUCUGCUCCAGGUUUCAAGCAGUGGCGCAAGAUGAUUCAGGAAAUGGGAGGGGCAGCUGAUAUGAAGUUCCUACGGGCAUACUGUGCUGCUGUUGUGAGCUGCUUUAUUUCACCAUCAACAAGUGCCAAUAUCAGUCCAAGGUCAUAUCCAAGUCUAGUGGAUCUCAAUGUCAUGAAGAAGUCUAAUUGGUGCCAGUUCGCAGUUGAUCAAAUUGUUCAAGAAGUGAAAAAGAUGGGAGUCAAAAAGAAAUCUGUGUGUUGCUGUUUACAUCACCUCGUGAUACUAUAUCUUGACUCUCUUGAUGUUGAUGAGCCUGUGCCAUCUGUUGAGGAAUGUCCCAUGCGUGCUGCCGCAUGGGAUGACAAAUUAAUUCAAGCUGUCAUGCGCAAAGAUAUGAAGUCAAAUGGAGAGUUUGGAAAGAUGAAGUUGAAAGAUGGGGUGGGGGUGACUAUUAGAGACGGUCUUUUCGUCGGGAUGACGAGAUUAGAAGAGUUCGUAUCAUCAAGGUUGCCUAGGAAUUACCCAUGUCAGAAAAAGAGGAAACUUGCUGUGAUGAUUGGGGAGCUAUGCACCGAUAUCUCCAACAGGUUGGGCACUUUCAUAGAACAAGUAGGGGACUUUGAACAAGCAGAAGAGAGUGCAAAAGGUGUUUGUGGAAGAGCUAGGAAGAGGCAAAGGCCUGAACCUUCUAUUGUUGUUGAUGAAGAGGAUGCUGAGGAUGUGGAUGAUGAGGAUUACAAUGCAGAUGGUAAUGACAAUGACAAAGAAGAUGAAGACGCUGAUGACGAGGAUGAUGAAGGCGAUGACGACAGUGACAAUGAAGAUGGUGCCAGCAAACAACAACCUUCAAAUGGACAGCACAUUGAGGAUGAUGAUUUCCAAGACCGUGAUGCUCGUUUCGAUAAUACACCAAGGAGAUCUCCUCGUUUCGACAAUACACCAAGGAGGUCUGCUAGGUUGGGAAAUGUUAACACUCAAUCAGUUGGGGCAGCAAACACUCCAUUGCCUGGACUGAGCCCGUUCUCAGAUAUCAGAGGGUUUGCAGCAUCCAGAGGCAAAGACAUUGACAUGACAAACAACCAGGGCCCAAAAUUCUUUGAUAUAACAGAGAAGAUAUACCCCAAUUCCAUAUUCAUGGAGGAGAUAGCUAGGUCUCAAAGGGGUUCUCCUACAACAACACCACCACUGGACCAGUUCAGCAGGGACACUGUUGUACAGAAAGUUCAGACAGAGUGCAUUGCAUUUGAUAAGUUAGCAAUCAGGGGUGAUAAAGGAGUCCAGAUGAAACAAAAAAUGGUUGCGCAUCGUACCAGACCUUUGGAUACAAAUGUGCAGUCUGAAAUAGUUCAGGAUCAGGUCACAGUACAGUCUGCCAACCAAACUGCAACUCACAACACAGGUGCAGCACCGCAACCUCCUCCAGACGCAAGUCAUGCAGUUUCACUAACAAAAAUUCCAGCACAAGCUCUUUUCAUUCGUACUUCUCCACGCCGGAACAAGAAUACUCCAACAUCUCCUGCUACGCCUUCUACUUGUCAAGGAUCGCAGACCAACAAUGCCGCCAAGAAAUCAACGGUUCCAACUCGUCAAACUUGUCCACCUCCGCGAGCUAAGGAUCCUAGAUGGGAGAAGGGUUGUGACCCGCCAUCUUUCAGCCUUGGGUUUGAUAGUCCACAGAAAAGCCAACAACAAACUCCUGUAGUUGCAGCAUCUGAUGGGACAACACCACAAUCUUUUAGGUCCUUUGGGUCUCCAAUUUUCGAUGACUACGAAGAUGUUUGGAGUCCAGAGAUGGAGGAAGAAGCCAUUGCUUUAUGUACCAGGGUUGAAAGGGAGAAAGGCUACCUGACAGACGAAGCAGAUACUAUCGGUGCAGGACAUCAAAGUGAAGCUGAACUCCAAACACCAACUCCUGUUGGCAACAAGGUCACUCCUUCCAUGGAUGGUUCUGGAAGCAACUCCAAUGCAGCUCCUGGCCGGAUCAUCCGACCAGCUGCAUGUUAUAAGUCACCGUACAUAGACUUUUCAAGCAAAAAUUCAUAUGCAUGCUCUGCUGAUGUGAAGGAAGUUUAUGAUCUAGUUAUCUCAGGUGGUAAACGAAAUGGAAGGGGUCAGCACAAGGACAACACCCCAAUCAUUGUCAACUUCGAGAAGUUUUUUGUGUCCCAUCAGGAACUGGCAAACUCAAUGAUGCCUUGUGCUGAGCUAGAUAACACAGUAUUUGAACUAGGUCUCGAAUCAAUUAUGCUGAUGAAAGAUAAGAAUGACAAGAAAGUUGUGAUGCCUUUGAGAUUUAUGACAUUACUUCAGGAAUAUGGUUGGAAUCACAAGCAUGUCAAGAAGUACUUUGCGAAGAAGGAUGCGCAUCUUGACAAGAAAGACUUGGUGUUGCUUCCAGUGUUGGAAAACAUGAGCGAAGACCAAAGUGUGAAAGUGAACCACUACUGGUUGCUUGUUCUCAACAUCAAAGAUAGAAGAUUCGAAGUUCUUGACUCUAUGAGGACAAUAAAUGAUAAAAAAUUGGGCCUGCUUGUGAAGAAUCUUCAGGAAGCAAUAACAUCUCUAUGGAAUGAAGAGUACCCAAAAUCACGCAUCAAGCUUGAGAAGUUUGACCUCAGCGACAUUUUUGCUCCAAAGCAGAAAACUAACAAGGAUUGUGGUGUCCAUGCACUUAUGAAUGCUGAGCACUGGACAGGAAGGUCUCUCCCAAACUAUGGAGGCAAGGACAUAUCAAACAUUAGGAAAAUCAUGACUCACACAUGGGUUACUUCCAUCCACAACACCAUCGACUGGAGGAAAGCUCUCAAGAAGAAAGGAAAAUGAUGUAUAUUCUCUCCUUCUAACUACUUGCAUUACUGAAAUUCAAUUUGGGAAGCACAAAUUACAUUGCAGUAUUGAAAAUUCAACAUUUCAAGCACAAUUACAUAUUAUAAUU